AUGGCGCUCAAAAAGUAUUUCUUUAUAGUCGGACUGUUGUUCCAGUUUACGGCGAUUUUCUUAUGCACCCUUGCCGACAGCAACAACAAUAAUAAUUCCUCGUCAUCAAAUGGCAUUGACUGGAUGAAGAAUAAAAACAUGGAAGCUUCUCCGUCUGCAUCGCCCUCAUCAGUAUCCUGGUCAAUGGUGGGGUCGUCCACCUGGUCACCUUCAUCGUCCGUCCCGAGUGGUCUGGGUCCUGGGGGAACACAAUCGGUCAAAACUCCUAUCUCGUCCCCUAGUUCAGGAGAUGGCCGAAGACCUAAUAGCAGGCGAAAACAAGAGCGACAUCGACAACAGAAAUCUAAACCCAAGCAAAAACAACAAUCAAACCCCGUAGUUUCAGACGAUGAAGAAGAUCCAACAAAAAAAGUUCCGGAGAAGGAUAAAGAAACCCUUCCUCACCAACAGCAACAUCCAAGGAGGGUGAAGGAUCUGUAUGAUGAUGGCUAUUAUCGGGACAAUAGUUUGAGUAAACAAGAAGCUAUCAACCCGAAGGAUUUCGGAGGAAUCAUCAUAGAACAUCAGGCACAGCGCCUAUCUGCGCACCUGAGGAGACUCACCAAUGAGGAAAUUGGAGUUACCACCAUGCAGGCAAUUUACGACUCCUUGCCUUAUACAACAACAUCCAGAGAUGAUGAGAAAAAGCUAGAUGUGAUUGCUGACAGGUUAAGAGAACGUUUUGAUAAUUACAUAAAAGUUCUGGGGACCAACAAAAUCACUGUGGAGCAUCUUUACAAAUUCCAUGUGAAACAACCUGUCACUAGAAGAUUGAACUGUUGCAAUUUACCCUUUAAUGAAUUAAUACCUCAAUCCCAAUAUCGAUGCAAGAUCUCCAUCAGAAACAGCUGUGAUCUUUUGCCUCCAAACCUUCCACAUGGAGCUUUUAAUCCCGGAAGAAACCUCACUGAUGUAUGGAGAAAUAAUGUCCAAUACUUCCCCAGUUUGAAGUGGCAGUACUUCAUAUCUGUGCAAGGAGUUCACAAUGAGUAUCCUGCUAACACAUUUGAAUGGUCUAAGGACUGCCUCAAUGUCCAUGAUGUCAGGCAUAGAGAUGUCUUUGUUUCUACAAUUCGACCGCAGCGUAAGCAUUUAGUGAUUUUAAUGGACCAUGGCAUUUCCCUGAGUUUAAGUCAAUUGCUAACUGCCAAAGCCGUCGCGAAGCAUUUGCUGGAAUCACUAUCUGAAAACGAUUAUGUGGGAGUGAUUGGACUAGCAGAUCUUCCUACUUACCCCCGAGCAGAUUCAUGCUUACCCCAUACCAUGGUCCAAGCAACAUAUGAGACACGACUUUACUUCAACAAAUUUCUGGAUGGUCUCAAGAAAGAAAAAUCUGCAGCAAAUCACUCUCUAGGUUUCCAAUAUGCAUUUGAAAUGAUUGAAAACUCUGUCAAAAUGACAGAAAAAGAUGACCGUGUGAUGAUCAUGUACAUUAGUCGUGGUUUGUUAUCGUCUUUAGCGGAAGCCAGGGAUGUGUUGGAUACCAUUGCAUACCACAACAACAAGUUGCAUUUCAAUGUAAUCAUCAACACUUACGCCGUGAUUGACGAUGCCAAGCCAAUAAUGUAUGAAAAGACCUUUCUACAAGACAUUGCUGACCAGAAUUAUGGCAAAUAUGAUAUUCCAUUUGCUAAUUCAUCUUCAGUUUUGCGAGGGAUGAUGGUGGCCAUUAACAAAACGAAAGAUCUCAGUUCCACUGUCGGCAAAUUCUACCUGCCCCUCAACCAGUCAGACAAGUACCUGCCUGUUUUCUCUUUGCCAUAUACAGAUGAAGCUGACAAAGCAUUGACUAUGAGCAUCAGUCAGGCGUGUAUCCAUGAAGGAGAUUUGAUUGGUGUGGUUGGAGUGGACCUUCACAUGGAAGACAUUGCUCAGGAUAUCACCUACUUCAAUCAAGAGGAAGACUCUUAUGCAUUUAUCAUCAACACAGAUGGUUACACAAUCAUGCAUCCUUCUUUCAGUCGACCAAUCAAAACCCGACUGCAGCCAAUGCAUACAGACAUAAAACAUUUUGAAAAUGUGCCAGAUUUUCAACGUAUACGGGCAGCUAUUUUACAAAAAGAACAAGGUACAGAAAUUGCUCAUCUCACUCCAGUAAACAAGACAGAUUCAAGUGCAAGCCAUUCAGAAGUGGGUGGCAAAUCUUUUGUCACAUACAGUUGGAGAAAGAUUGAUAAAGUACCUUAUAUAGUGAUAAUAAAAACACGGACAGACAAGAAAGAGAAGCGACAGAUGAAAAAGCUUCAUGUGUUAACCCCUGAACUGGUUUACCAUCGGUUGGACUUGCUCCCUACAAAUAAUAUGUGUGUUCACCUCAAACAACUUUCCACAUUGGACAUCAGCACUGUGUUCCUGGCAGCCAACAGUUUUAUUAAUCCAUUUGAACACCUAAGCCAAGAAGAAACAAGAAGAAUGGUGCAAGGUUACAUUGCCUUUUUAAAAGACAACACUCGAUUAAUUCAGAACCCUGGACUUAAGGACCAAAUCCGAAAUGAUGUUGCUGCCACUGCAAGAAUAAAUAAUGAAUGGGUUCGUCGUUUCCAUACCAGUCAACUUAAUGAUUAUAUCAUCAGACGAUAUGUUGCAACACCAAGUGGCUCUUUCCGUGUUUACCCUGGAACUCUGAUGGAUAAAACCUAUGAUCCAACAAAGAGAGCUUGGUUUGAAAGAGCCUUAGCUUUCCCUGGUUUUGUCACACUUGCUGCACCUUAUCUAGAUGUUGGUGGUGCAGGUUACAUUGUCACUGUGAGCCAUACAAUAUUUGAAGGAAAAAGAGCUGCUUUACACAGUCCUCAAGAUAAAGUUGCUGCUGUGAUGGGAAUGGAUGUAACUCUGGGAUAUUUCUAUAAAAUUUUGGCAGAAAAAGUUCCAGCUUGUGAACAACCAACUGUACGAUGUUUUAUCAUGGAUGACAGUGGCUAUCUUAUUUCACACCCUGAUCUCAUUGAACCAAAUCGCAAGGGUCCAGUUGAACAACAGCACAUUACACAUAAGGAACCAUUAAUUGCUAAUGAUAUACUCAAUCAUCGUGGCUUUGUCCAGAAGAAACUCUGUAAUCGAUACAAUGACCGUACAGUUCAACGAUUUUAUAAUUUUAACACAAGUUUGGAUGGAGUGCUUACAAACCUUGUUCAUGGUGAACACUGUGCCCGGUAUCAGAUCACUCAAAUCCCAGGUACAAAUGCUUUUCUAGGAAUUGUUAACCACACCUGUGAUACAGCCACAGCUUUCUGCCCUUGCAGUAUGAUUGAUCGUCUUUGCCUCAACUGCCACAGAAUGGAACAGAGUGAAUGUGAAUGUCCUUGUGAAUGCCCACUAGAAAUGAAUUUUUGCACUGGAGGAUUACUAGAAGAAGAUGAUGAUAAUCCUAGCUGUCUGCGUUAUCCAGAAGAAGGCAAAUUGGCAGAAGUUAGCCUGGACCUUACCGAAAAACUGCAGCAGUGUUAUCUUCCCAAAUGUGAUGAACGGAAAACAAAAAUGUCCUGUCUUGGUGUACUUGGCUGUGAAUGGUGUGAAAUGGAAGAAAAAGAUGGAGUCAACACAAGACUGUCUCAGUCCUACUGCGCCAGCCAGAGUGUUUGUUUUGGAGGAAUACUGGGAGCCCAGACACCGUACGGGGACCAGUUGUUGCAACAAUUGAGUCUGGAUUCUGAACCAGUCAAUGUUAAAACAACACCUGUCGGUCCAGUGGCAGGAGGAAUCAUGGGAAUAUUCCUAGUUCUUGCCCUCAGUGUCUACUGUUAUCGACACCACGUACACCGCACUUCCCACCAAUAUGUGACAUCACUGCCAGAGAAUCAGGCUCGAAUGUCACAUUAUUAUUAUGAAACAGAAGAACCAGAGCCACAUGAGGAAAUUGGCACUGGACACACCAAUUUUGUUCUAGCACCAUUUGAAAAUCCGGCCAGCAUUUCUCCAUACCGUGUAAAUACAACAUACCGCCGACCAGCAGGAGGUGACAGUGACCAUGGCUAUAGCACAAUGACCCCCCACGAAGACAGUGAGCAUGCCAGCCUUCCCUGCUUGGAACCCCUACUUAUAGGAAAGGAUCGAUUCAAACCACCCACAUACCCAAGUUCAAAGGCCCCUGUCAUACCACCCCCACCCAUGAUUUGCAGUCGCCGUAGCCGCAGUCCCACACCACCCCAAACUCGUCUGUCCACGUAUACCCCAAUCCCAGAACAAACUCUAUUACCAUCUCAACAAACAGUAGUUGGCACCACAAUUCCAGAAGGAUCCCACAGUAUCGUUGCAAAUGUGCAAGUCCAUGUUGUUGAUGCUCACUAA